CCAAGUAAUACAACGUCAUCACGUAGCAACCAUCAGACGUGACCCCUGCCGAGGAACCUAAGGCAGCACAAGCACUAUUCCAGUGUAAAGUAGAUGCAACUGGUUAAACGGGACUUUUGAGCACAACUGGUGUACAAGACGCAGCCAUGCAGACAAUCAAAUGUGUUGUAGUUGGAGAUGGUGCAGUUGGAAAAACCUGCCUUUUAAUCUCGUACACGACCAACAAGUUCCCUUCAGAGUAUGUGCCAACAGUAUUUGAUAACUAUGCAGUAACGGUUAUGAUAGGCGGGGAGCCAUACACCCUUGGGCUGUUUGACACUGCAGGUCAGGAAGACUAUGACCGGUUACGACCGCUCAGCUACCCCCAGACUGAUGUGUUUUUGGUCUGUUUCUCUGGGGUCUCUCCCUCCUCAUUUGAAAAUGUUAAAGAAAAGUGGGUUCCUGAAAUCACCCACCACUGUCCAAAGACACCGUUCCUGUUAGUGGGUACCCAGAUAGACCUGAGAGAUGAUCCCUCCACCAUUGAGAAGUUGGCAAAGAACAAGCAAAAACCAAUAACUCCGGAAACAGCUGAGAAGCUGGCACGUGAUCUGAAGGCUGUCAAAUACGUGGAGUGCUCUGCACUGACUCAGAAAGGACUGAAGAACGUGUUUGACGAGGCCAUAUUGGCUGCCCUAGAGCCCCCAGAACCCAAGAAGAAGCGCAAGUGUGUGCUGCUAUGAGUCUCUGCCUCCUCCUUCUCCCCCUUGCCUUGCUGAGGCAGACCCGCUGGUCUCUCACUCUACAGUGAUCACUAUGAGGCAGGCUGGCCAAUACACUGAAUGACCAGCCUGUUGCUCUAGUAAUAAUUAUGGCAGAUUAUAGGUAGAUUAUUUUAUGUUUUUAUGAUGAUAGCAGUGACAGCAAUGAAAAACAUUUGUGUUUUGUUAGGCUUCCAACCAUUGUAAUGAUGAAUUAUAUAGCAAUAUGUGCUGUAGUUCCAUUGUUAUGGUUUUUAGUCAUCCAUUGGGAAAACACUGAAGCAGUUCCGAUGUCAUGAUUUUACACCGGAGUCAUUCCACACAUUACCAUCAGCUCGCAGACCAAAAACUGAACCAAACAAGAUGAUGGGAGGGGGUUAAAAGUUAAGAACCGCCAAGCCAAUAGUCAGCCUCAAUCUGAUCAAUCAAUCUUGUUUUCAAUGUGAAUCUUCAGGAUGCUAGCAAUCCUACCAUGUAGAUCGUCAACUGGCAUUCUGUCAUUUAGUAGUUGCCUUUAGGAAAAGCCAUUUGGAUUACAGUGAAUGCAUAGAUCCAAGGUAUGACUUAAAGAAAGUGCAUUACAUUCAUAUCAGUGCUCAUCAGUCAUCUGUGUAUCUAGUAGGACGGUGUAAUGCAGACAUCGGGCCCUAAUGUCAUUGAUGGACCUCAGGUAAAGCAACAAGCAAAGUCUGAACGAAAUCUGGCGUGUGGGAGCAUUGUGCUUAGGAUAUUUCUCAUGGUAUUAAAUUAGCAAAAUUAUUUUCCUAAGUUAUUAAAUUAGCUUUAAUUCGUCCGCGGCUGACUGUUCGUUGCCAGUUGCCUGUCAUUGACACUAGGGCCCAUAGUUUGCUAAAUUUUUCUUAUUCUGUUUGAGAUUUGUGAUGGUUUGGUCCUUCAUGAUUGAAGCAGGGGCUGAUGCCUUCAGUUCCAUUUUUUUUAGUUUAGUUUUUUAGAACAUAAAGAGAAAUGAAAGCACAUUUGUCAACGCCUCCCAUGGAAGCCAGUUCUGCUUACACUAAAGACCACACAUACAUUUUUUUUUGUAUUGUUUUGAUCUGCUUUCCUGUUUAUCAAUCAGGAUAUUUAGGCAGUGUUUACAUAUGUUAAUGCUGUGCAGGCUAAGACGAUUAUGCAUCAGUAUAGACCUAUACCAGCGCAUUUUCAUGACUUCAGUUUGAAGUCACUAUUAAGACGUGGAUCAAGAACGAUGUUACCAAGUGUUACCAGUUUUUACUUUUCUUUAUUUCUUUUUGAAACAUGUACUGUCAUUUUAUUGCUGCAUUUAACUGAAGCAGAAAUGCAAUACCUUAAUGUCUUGGUUUAUAAUCUGUAUUGGUAUCCUAGAUGGUUUACAGAAAUCUAUGAUGUAAAAUCCAUUUGUUUUACUUCCUCUUGAAUGGUGUUUACGUGUGCUGAAGAUUUUUUCCCCCAUUGAUGUUAACCACUAUGGUCAGAAAUUAUUAGGUGUGACUGAAUUUGCACUACGUGACUCACAUCAAACAAUGAAAGAUGUUUAGAAUCAGUGGACAUUUUUUUUCUUGCUAUUUAACAGCACUUUAUAGGUUUACUUUUCUUUUGCUACUUUUAUACAAAUAUGUACAUUUCAUUGACUGAAGCAAUUCAUUUAUGAAUGACAUAAUAACAAUGAAAGCAGUGAUUAUUAAUUUAUCAUGGCCUAAUAAAGUAAGCAAUUCAU